UGGAAGGGUUGAAGUGGUGACGUUUGGUGGAAUUUUAAGUGUUAAGUGAAGUGGUGUUUGGUGUUGCCCUCCCCUGCUGGCGGUGAGUCACUUGCCCCGCGCCGUUGUGGUGUGCUGGUGGUGUGUGUGUUAGCAUUACAGUGCGGUGUGAUAUGGUGGUGUUACAAAAGAUGGCAGACUUGGAGCAGCAGCAGCAGCAGGAUGGCGGUGUCAACAGUGGCAGCGGGAGUAGUGCCGGGGAGCGUCUCCGAGAGGAGUACCGGCGACACGUGCAGACUCAGCUGUCCCAUGACCUUGUGGAUGCCAUUGCCAGCUUACAGCAGCACCAGCACCACCUCCAGCAGCUGUCGGAGCAGUUGGAACUGGCCACCAAGCAGGUGAAAAGCAGCGCCACAGAGACCAAGGACACCAUCAAUGCCACGCUGGACGCCUUCCUUGUCACCGUGAAUGAGGCGGUCACUGCACGACGGCACCAGCUUCUCGACGAGGUGCAGCAGGUGGAGGAGGAGGCACUGGUGCCGCUGGAGCAGUGUGGGCGGGAGCUGGCCUGUCGGCUGGACGAGGUAGAGGAGAGGGUGACGCAGGGGCAGAGGCUGCAGCGACACAGUGGCGUGAUGGCACGGGACACUGUGCUGCGGUUUCAGGAGGAGGCUGCUGCUAUGACCAGCCUGCCAGAGGUGCCAGCUCUGUGUGCCGUGCCUAGUGUCAGUGUGGAGUUCCCCAGUGACCCGUUGAUGGAGGAAGAGGUGCGGGAGCUGGUGGGACGCGCUGGCAGGGUCUCACGGAUGGGGCCUGUGCAGAUCACCAAUAUUGUGGAGCAGCCUGGUGCCCUGCUGGUGUCCUGGGAGGAGGUGGAUGAGGAUGUAUCUGACGAAGGGCUUGAGUUUUGCCUUGAGUGCAGCAACACCGGCGCCACCGACCCCCACGCUGCUGUCUUCACCCGCAAGUAUGAAGGGCCCGACUACUCCUUCCUGCUGCGGGAUCUCAAGGCGGGGGAAAACUACCUUCUGCGGGUGGCGUCACGGCGGGAGGGAGCUUCCUGUUUUGGUCCCUGGAGCCUCGUACAAGCUGCCUCUACCAACACGUCACAUUUCAAGUGGGGCAGCAGCCCCACCAACGCCAGCAGUGCGUGGACAGUGGCGGAUGAUGGGCGGCUGGCGUGCAAAACUUCAGAUGAACCAGAAGUGUUGCAUUCUGAGGCACCGCUGCUCAAACCCGGCUCCUCUGUGCUCUUCAAGAUCCUGCGUGGAGGCGGUGGGUGCAGUGACGAGGGGCUGGGGCUGAGCUGUAUGCCGGUGAUGGGGCCUGAACACCUGCUGCUGCCUGGCACUCUCUUCCUCAGCGCACAGGGCUGUGUCUUCCUGGACGGGGUGAGCAGAGUGACUCGCCUGCCCGCCAUACAGGACAAGUCUCAGGUCAGCUUUGCCGUGGAGAAAGUGUCGUCCAGCAAAGUGCGGGUGUACAUCGAGAGCCAGGAGAAGCAGGUGACGUACGAGUGGGGUGUGCCAAGUGCCCAGGACGGCCUCUACUUCCUUGCAUCCUUUGGGGAGCCACGCUGGAAGAUCAGUGUCCAUUAGGGUAGUCUUUAUACCCUGGACACCCUUACUUACCUCAGUCCUCCACAAAGAUGCCCCUCCUUCCCAUUCCUUACCUUACCUCUUCCCAGGACGCCCUUUCCUUCUUGCUUCGCCCUCAUGACAGGAGAUGCAGUGCCAUGCUUCACCCACAGCAAGGAGUGCCUUUGUGAUGUCUCCUUGCUUCAUUCUCAUCUCAUUCUUCCUUAGCUCACACCCACCCAUCCACUUUCACUUCCUAUUCUUACUUCUCUUUUUACUAAUGUCUUAUCUCACAUGUUUCAUCAGUCUGUCUGUCUGUUUACUUGUCUCCUGAGUUGAUGUUUCAUUCUCUAAUGACUCUGUAAAUUGAAUCUCUGUACAUUGUGCCUCAUUCCUCCUUCCUUCCUUUUUGCAGUGCUUGGUGACAGUAACACUAGUUAUCGUGCUAUGAUCUGAGUGACAGUCAUUAAGUUGAUAAGUUUUUCCAUCACAGUGCUCCUUUCUGGACUUUUAAUACUCUCUAAAUGGAUUUAAGCAUGAAGGAAUGUGAUGGAAGCAAAAACUUCACCAAGAAAUAGUAAGGAAGGAAUGGAGGAGUGCAUCAUCAUCACCAUCACUCACCAUCACUGUCAUCUUCAUUAUUAUGUUUACAAUUAAUUAAUCAUGUUACGUUUUCGCUCUUCAUGUUCGUGAAUCGGUUUGUUUUAUUUGUUGUGUUGCGUCUGGCCCAAGAAGUGUCAGAACUGCUGUUUUUCUCUUGUGUGUCAACCAGUGUGUGACUGUUUGUAUGUUUGUAUUUGUGAGUGUGUGCAUGUGUAGGAAGACGUGGGCCUUACUCAAGUGAUGCAUUCCACAGUGAUGAGGAAGUACAUGUGAAGAGAAACAGCCCAUAAUCUCAAUCCAAACCGGUAAUGUUAGUCAUUAUUAUUGGCCUCUGCUGCCAGGAGUAUUGCUGAGCACAAACACAACACUCAUUGCAUAUCACAGCUGGGUAAUGAAACCUCUCGCCAGCCUGCUACCCAUUAGGCUUUCAUCCACACACCAGUCGUACUCAAGAUGUAUUGGAUAUCUGAAGUGAGAGACCUGCAGAUGUGUGUGUGUGUGUAUGCAUGUUUUCUAAAUGCAGAUGUUAGUUUCAAGAAGGAGGUGGAUAUGAAUGCAAAUGUGAGAGUUACACCUCAUGGUUGCAGAUGUUUUUAAGAGUCUGAAGGAGUGAUAAGUCUCAGUGCUGCCUUUUUUUCAAUUUUUUUUGUCUAGUGACCACAUCCUCCACGUGUGGCAAAGAUACAGAUGUUUAUAUAUACAGUAGUAAACGCGGAUGCAGAUGUUUAUUAGAUCAUAAAUAUGGAUAUGUACGUAUAGAUGUUUAUUAAGUGAGAAAUAUGGACCAGAUGUUUAUUAUUAAAUGAGAAAUAUGGAUGAGAAUGUUUAUGACAAACGUGAAUGCUGAUGCAAAUGCAGAGUUUAAAAAUGGUAAGCAUGUUCCUGAUACAUAACUUAGAUGUGGGUAUCCAAUACAUCUCCAUCAACACUGACACAGGCUGGACACAGGACACUAUCAACUAUGCAUGUACCAAAAACAAAUUAACAGAACCUUAAAAUUGCAUGAUAAAAUGAAACAAAACAGAUGAAAAGCUCAGUCUGUGUGUAUUUUGUUACUUUAAAUAACUAACCCUAUUUGCCUCUCAAGUAAAACAUUGACCCAACAUUUGCCCCCUCAGUGACCCCUCCCCUUUCCAGAUCCCCUCAGCUCCCUUCCAUACUGGUAAAUUCAAGGACUGUUUUGCAUAAUAAAAUCAAAUCUAUGUAUUCUGUGAUGGUUCUUCUCUGCCCGUGUGAUUGUGUGGCUUUUUACCCUUCAGUGUUUGAAAUAUUAGGACAAUGAGGAUGUUAUGAAGGAAGAGGAAGGAUUAAAAGAAGGAAGGAAAAAAGGAAAGCAUUAAAAAAAAAGUAUUAGUAUUGUAAAGGUGCUUGAAAGUAAAGUAAUAAUGUAGUGUACAUAUGCAAAGUUUACUGAAGUGUGAAUGAAGGACAAGGUGGAAGAUGAAGAAGAGGAGCACUGCAAAGGGAAGGCACAAGUGUUUUAAGAAUAUAUUAAGGAAUGUUGCAAAAAAAGAAACACUAAAGAAAAUGUCAGGAAAAGUGUUGGGAAGUAUUAUUAAAACCUAACUUGACCUUCCUA